CGAAUCGGCUCACUCGGCUAGGUGCCCGUCUGUCCUCCGGUUCGCGGAUUUUUGGUUGUAGUGUUUGCGUAAGUGGUUUUCUCCGCGGUAGUUUCGGGAAGCCCGUAGUUCCGUCGCUCGCGGUUGUCUUCACGUGGAGGCACUUCGGGAGCUGAUAUGAAGUGACUAAUCAAAACGGUCGAGAUUCAAUGUCGAUCAUGUUACGUCGUACACUGACCUGCUGUUCGAGAUGGACGACACACAAGAUUCCGCAGCUGUCCCCACCGUGCUACGGGUUUCAAAUCCGGCGGGGGAUUCUGUACAAUCGAGCUCCUGCUGUUUGUGCCGGUGCGAAUCUGCGAAGGAAGGAGGAGACCCGAGCUAACCUCACUAGCACUGGAAGCAGAACUCUGACGGAUCCACGGUGGUCGGGAUAUAGUUUGCAUAGAAUUACUGGUGGAAAUUAUGAGUUAGCAUUAAGGGAAUUAAGUAGCAAAGUUAGUGAUAAGAAACCGGAGCCAAAGGGUUUGCUACAGAGCAUAGUACAGAGUCCGUACGCGAGGCUGAUGAGAGUGGACCGACCGAUCGGGUCUUGGUUGCUGUUUUGGCCUUGCGGAUGGAGUAUAGCGUUAAGUGCACCAGCCGGGUGCUUGCCCGAUCCGUGGAUGUUGGCAUUGUUCGGAACGGGAGCGUUUAUCAUGAGAGGUGCCGGCUGCACGAUAAACGACAUGUGGGACCGAGACAUUGAUGGAAAGGUGGCUAGGACCAAGAGUAGACCGCUGGUAGCCGGCGAACUGAGUACGGCGGAUGCUUGGUUCUUCCUGGGUGCUCAGCUAGGCGUUGGACUGCUGAUUCUGCUGGAGCUCAACUGGUACUCGAUAAUGCUGGGGGCCAGUUCGUUGGGUCUAGUCAUCAUCUAUCCACUGAUGAAACGGGUAACCCACUGGCCGCAGCUGGUCCUGGGCAUGACAUUCAACUGGGGCGCCCUGCUGGGCUGGAGUGCCACCCAGGGUUCCGUGAUGUGGUCCGCUUGCCUUCCGCUGUACCUGUCCGGCGUGUGCUGGACCAUCGUGUACGAUACGAUCUACGCCCACCAGGACAAGGUGGACGACGCGCUGCUGGGCAUCAAAUCGACUGCGAUCCGCUUCGGCGACAAUACCAAGCUUUGGCUGAGCGGAUUUUCGACGGCCAUGAUCGGCGGGCUGGUUGCAUCGGGGAUGGUGUGCGAGCAGACGUGGCCCUUCUAUUCGGCACUCGGGGUGAUAUCGGCCCACCUGGCCCACCAGAUCUACUCUCUCAACAUCAACAACCCGACGGACUGCGCCAACAAAUUCAUCUCCAACCACCAGGUUGGGCUCAUCCUGUUCCUAGGCAUCGUCUUGGGUACCCUGUACAAAGGCUACGGCCAGACCACUUCUUCAUCGACGCCGUCUCCCGCCGCAGCAGCACUUUCACCUUCUACCUCAUCCGGAUUGGUCCUGGCAGCGGCCAAUCAAACGACCCCUACCGUCAUGCCGAGUCAAGCCAGCGCCGUCUAACCGACGCGCCGCCCCGCAACCUUCAGAAUUUUCGAUUCGUUUACCUUUAAUUUAUACUGUGAGUAGAAUUUUUGAAAUUCAAAUUGUGUCAUAGAUUUGAAAAACAAAA